CGGACGAGAUCCCAUUCAGAGCAUCAGCAGUAGUUUAAAAAACAACAAAAUCAAAAAAUAUAACUAAACGAAACUAAACAACAGCCCGUUCAGAUAUCCAGGAUGCGUGUCGUGGUGGUCCUGCCUCUGCUGCUGUGUGCCGUCAUGUGUCUGGGCAGGGCGAGCGCUGAGGUCAAGGCGGUGAAAUUGUGCGGCCGAGAGUUCCUGAGAGCCGUGGUGUACACCUGUGGGGGGUCCCGCUGGAGGAGAGUCCUCGCCGACUCGGACAUCGAUGGAGAGGAGAACAGUUUGGAAAGUUUGACAAGCAUCGGAAAGCACCCGGGCUCGGACUUGAGCAGACGGGACAUAAACAAUUUCUUGACGACGGUGUGCUGCCAGGUCGGCUGCAGGAAGAGCGACCUCACCUUCCUCUGCUGAGCACGACCACGCCUGGUGCCGUCGUCAUCUUUCUCCACGUGGCCAAAAAAAUGAUAUCAGGCUUGCCUUCAUAGAAUCGAAAAGCUAUAGAAUCACAAAGCUUAACUACAUGAUCAUCCUAGGAAUUACAUUUCCAGAAAGUCAUUAUUUUUUAAACAAGCAAUCGAAGGGGUUUAAUUUUCUUAACUUGAAUGUCAUACUAGUUAUUGUUGCAGACAUAUUUCUGAGGCCCUAAAACUGAACAUUUGUGUAACCACAUCCUUAAAAUAAAUAAAUCCGUGAUUUAACUUUGGGAAUAUUAAUGUGUUGCACACCAUAACACUGCCGAAUCAUAAGUAUGAGGAAUGUCUGUGUCGUUAAAUUAAAGCCACUCACUAAUACGGAGGUUUGAAAAGUGUCCAUGUUUGUUUGUAUUUAAAUGAGGGGAAUAUGAACUCUUUGCUUUUAUUUCACUGUUGUCAAAUAAAUAUUCUUGCACAGGA